AUGGCCCUGCUCCUGCUCCCCCAGCGCACAUGCGCAGCAAGCAGCUCACGCCUGCUACCAUUCACCCAUUUGCGACAACGUCAGUUUACGUCCUCGCCCUCGUCACACGGUCGCGCUCCCGACUCGCUCCUCAACAUUCCCGCGUUGGACAAGGACGAGGACCACAUUGCCGCCCGCGAGUGGCUCGACGAGUUUACGGUCGAUGACGUUCCCAAGACGUCAUAUGUCGCCUCGUACGCGCGGUCAAGUGGUGCGGGGGGUCAGCAUGUCAACAAGACAAACUCCAAGGCCGUCGUCCACAUGGACAUUCACAAGGCCAAGGGCGACUGGCUGCCACGGUUCGUCGUGCCCGCUUUGCUACAGUCGUCCUACUACCACGCGCCCAACCUCCUCUUCACAUCCCAGGAGACCCGGUCGGCGCCGCAAAACCUACGCAAGGCGCUGGAGAACAUGCACGCCGCCAUUGUCAAGUCUGGCCGUGGGUUGAUUAGGGGCCAGACGAGCGAGGAACAGAAAGAGCGGGUGCAGAUGCUCAAGGCGGGCGAGCUGGUCAAGAAGCGGUUCCACAAGGAGAAGAUGAAGAGCAAAAAAGCGAGUAGGCGCGGUGAUUAUUAG